AUAUUUUCAUCAUUUUUGUUGGAAAAAAUGGCUACUGGGAUUGGUGUAUUCACAAAGAAAGCAGUUGCUGCAUAUGAUAAGUGGAUCCUAUCCAGUAAAAGCAGUGAAACGAGUCGAAUCUCCUUCAUAAAAGAGGAGGAGGAGGGAGAUGAGGAGGAAAGCGAAAAAUAUGUCCAAGCUUUCUCUGAUCUGGGACUACAAAUAAGUGCCCAUCAAGUCAGACAGUUAUUGUUGACUUGUUCAUCGUGUAUAAGAGAGGAAGGUGAGAGACCAAGCAAGAGAAGGAAAGAGGAAAAUAAACCAAUUCUCUCUUUCCAUCAGUUUUGUGUAUUUGCUAGUGAAGUUGCUUACCACCACAGCUCCUGUCGUCUAAGCAGGUCUGAUGAUGGUAGCAUGGAGAAGCGAUACAUUAAACCAAUCAAAGAGAAACUGAAAUUUAUAAAUAGUGAAUGUAGACAUGAAGUAUUUCUUGGUGGAUCCUGCAAUCCAACUGUUUGGAGGAGAGAGCUAUCAAUACCUUUACUGGAGAAUGAAGGAGUCACUUACUAUAACCCGCAAGUUGAUCACUGGACCCCUGAACUUAUGGAAAUCGAAGAAGAAGCUAAAAAGAAUGCUGUUGGUCUCCUCUUUGUUAUAGACAAUCAAACAAGAGCUUGUUCAUCCAUAGUAGAGACAGCAUAUCUAAUAGGGAGACAAGAAGAAGCCAUUGUCGUAGUUGUGAACGAUUUUUUGGACGAUUCUUGCCAAAUUGCUGGAGAGGCAAUUGGCGAAUUUGAAUUUCCUGACCUCAAGAAAAGUCGAUUGAUCAUCAAAGACUUGAUAUAUUCCCAUAAUAUUUUAAUUGAACCGAAUGUGAAAAGAGGGACAGAGACUGUCGUCAAGGUUGUACGGGAAUUAUUUACUGAGGAAGAUUUGAUGAGAAAACUUGAGAGAAAUAGAAUCACAAAUAAAAUUUAUAAUGAAAAUAUUAUAAGCAAACUAAAUUACAUAUUUUCAAUGUAUGAUAAUUAUAAAGACAAGACACUAACAAUUAAUGAGGCAUGUUUGGCCCUUCAUUCUCUUAAAGUAUUGUCACCGUUCGCUAGUCUUCCCUCUCUCCUUCCUUCCCUACCUUUCUCCAGGUGGGAGAGAGACGGGAUCAAUUUUGACGAGUUUUGUAUGUUAUACUGUGAAUUGAGAUACCAUUCGUCAGUUAAACUGAGGGACACUGUUAGUAAUGGAUGGACUUGGAGUUUAGGGACGUACCUGCGGUCAUCGGUACAAUGGUUGUCAGGUUUAAUAUGGCGUCCAUUUCCUUCCCCUCCUCCUCCCUCUAACGUAUAUGAUGUUUAUUUAGGAGGUACAGUAGAUAAUGAUGACUGGAGAAAAAACAUAGCAAUACCUUUACUAAUGUAAG